AUGCGACAGUGGUGUGUCCCCGCUGCGACCCCGCGGGCUGAGCCCCUCCCGGGGCGCCUGUCCGUGUCCCCCCCUUCAUCAGAGGCUAGAGCGGAGUGCUGCGAGGUGGAGCCGCGCUACACCAUCGAGCAGAUCGACCUCCUGCAGCGCCUGCGUCUCUCCGGCAUGACCAAACCACAGAUCAUUCAUGCCCUGGAGUCCCUGGAGAGGCUGGACCCAGACCACCGCCCGUCGCACUGUGACCCCAACCUCGCCCCCGCCACGACCGCUCCGGCCCCGUCUUCGUCCUCGUCGUCUUCCUUCUCCUCGCUCUCCCUGGCCUCUGCCACCACGCAGACCUCCGGCUUGGACGGCGCCGCACUGUCUCCCAGCAACAGCUACGAGGCCUCGCCCCCACCCCUCUGCCCGCCCACGGUGGCGGUUCAGCGGUCGUUCAGCUACGACGUGAUGGGGGACGAGGACUGGGACCUGGAGGAAAAAGUGGAGGAGUAUAUGAGGAGAGACAGCAACCUGGUGAAGGAGGAGAUCAAAACUUUCCUCAACAACCGCAGGAUCUCUCAGGCCAUCGUGGGCCAAGUCACAGGCAUCAGCCAGAGCUACAUCUCCCAGUGGUUGCUGCAGCAAGGUCUGGAGAUGAGCGACUCCAAGCGCAGAGCCUUCUAUCGCUGGUAUUUGCUGGAGAGGAAUAAUCCAGGGCUGAGGUGGAGUGAAAGCCAGCACAGUGUGAGUCUGCUGCCCAAGGCCAGGGGAGGGGACAGAGACAGGACGGUAUCAGGGGCAGGUGGCUGCCUCCCCAGGUUCCUCCCCAACCCCAACACCACCCUCAACCCCGGCCACAACUCGUCAUGGAGCAGGCAGAGAGAGCUGCUGAUGCACUUGCUGCCGUGGUACACAGCCGCCGCUGCCGCCGCAGCUGCUGCCCAGGUCCAGCCAGGGGCUACCUUGUCAAUGCGCUCUUUGGUGAAGGAGGAGCCGGACUGGAGAACGGGGAUCAUAACUGGAGAACGAGCGGGGAUUGUGGGUGGCCCUCUGAGGCUGCGUCGAGGAAGCAGGUUCACCUGGAGGAAGGAGUGUCAAUCAAUUAUGGAGAGUUUCUUCAUGGAGAAUCAGUACCCAGAUGAAGCAAAGCGGGAGGAGAUUGCCAACGCCUGUAACUCUGUCAUCCAGAAACCAGGCUGUAAACUCUCAGAGUUUGAGCGUGUGACGGCACUGAAGGUGUACAACUGGUUUGCGAACCGUCGGAAGGAGAUGAAGAGACGAGCAAAUAUAGAAGCUGCCAUCUUGGAAAGCCAUGGAAUUGAAGUGCCGAGUCCAAGUUGCCAUUCCAACGGCGAGGAAGGAGAGAUGCAAGAGUUUGCAGAACAAGUGAAUCAUCAAUUUUCUGAGCAGGAGGACACAUCUUCCCAGAGGGUUCUGGACCAUCAAGAUCCCGCCUCAUUGGCCACUGUGGAGGUGUUGGUCCCGCCCAGUCCCAGCUCUCAGGUUGUGGAACAAAAAGAUGGCAAUUCAAAAAGGGAGCCUGUGGAUGAGGAGUGA